AUGGCUCCGACCGUGGACCAAGAGCGUGCCAACCUGAUUACUCGUUUGGGUCUCACCAUCGAUGAGAGUAGCGGACUCCUUUUUUGCUCGAAUGGUUGCCGUGAUCGCCAAUACGUAUUUGUCAAGACGGAUGAAGCAUACCAGCAUAUCAUCACAGCCCAUCGUGCACUACGACGGCAUGUAGAAGCGGUUUUUGAGCACGAAUUUACUGAACUUUUAUAUCGCCUUGGUUCCCAACGUUCUGAUGUAACCGACCGAUACUCUGUUGCCGCUUCUCGUGUCAGGGAUAUGAUUCCUCGUGUCAAUCUACUCGACCCACCUGUGCCAGGAUACAGAUGCAAUGGUUGUCCUAGCUAUUUCCAGGAGUACACAUCAUGUCGAUCCCAUCGUUCUACUCAUCACGGUGAUAGUGAUGUGACGCUCAAUGCGUUGUUUGCAAGAUGUAUGGUGCAAAGACUCGGUCUAAGCCAGAAUAUGCCAUAUUUCGGUGUUAUAUCGGAUGAUAUGAACAUUGACGCCAGCAACCGGGACGUGGCGCAAGGGGAGCAGAGACUUACUAAUGCUAUAGAACGGUGUUUGCUUCAGCACGAGGGUAUCAUGAAGCAUUAUGGUGUGCAGAACUUGGACCGCCCGGCACAUUUGGCAGAGCGUCGCGCUAUUGGCCGUUUUCACGAAACUAUGCGCUGGGACAUGCUGGUGAGAAGGGUUUUGACCGAAGAAGAUACGACCGAUAGCCGCUCCCGACUUGCUAGUUGGAUAUCUCUUCCUGAAGUAUCGAACAAGAUUGGCCUCUCCAUUGUCGCUGCUGUGACGAAGUACAUGAAAGUUGUUGACAACGCAACUCGUGGUGCGUCAUAUUAUCUUGAGCGUCGCAUGGUGAUGGGACUAAGUGUCGAUGAUGUCCCAACCCGUGGUCUGACUGAGCUGCUCCAGCAAUCCCAUGGAAGGACGUACAAUGGUCGAUGUGAACUAGUGAAAGAAUUAAAGGAGGUGUAUGCCGAGUACAGUUUCAUUAUUACAUUCACAAAGGACACUGUUGACGCUUUCCGACUUCGUCCAUUCAUGGAUAACUAUGUGAUUGCUGAUAUAGAGCCAAUGGAGGAUGUGGGUAUCGGGAGAAGCUCCAAAUCAGGGCGUCUUACGGACGAUAUGAUGAAGAAUGUCAGUAUUUGGCUUCGAGAUAGGGGUGAAAACGCAAAAGGAAGCCAGAAAACUUCCUUGGAGUGAAUUCAAGCGAAUUGCUAACGAUGCUGGGCUCAUGGCUUACUAUUAUGAUCACAAGAUGAAGAAGCAUAAAUCUUGUGCUAUGUAUUUUUUGCUCUGUUCCGUUUACUUUUAUCUUUUUACUUUUUGGUUUCGAUGCGAACGUAUAUGUUUACAAAGAAGUUAGAUAAUUUUUUGUAUGAUAGACAAC